AUGCAUAUGAGCAGAUUUGGGCUGCUCGCCCUUGGGGCAGCUGCAGUAGACGCUUUUAGAGACACGUCUCCUUUUUUCUUGGCUUCAACUUCCGAGGUGCUGGCGAACUCCGCAUACAUCAAGACUAGCGCUUCAGUGCUUGAUGAAGUCUCCUCCGCCCUGAAUAACUGUCCAUCCGACUACUAUGUGGUUGUUUCUCAGCCUGGUGUGCACAGCUCCGACUUCUCCACCCGCAAGUCGGCACCCCGCCUCGGGGCGAAGAUGCUGGGCAAGGAUAGGUCCAUUCGAUCCAACAUGAGCGUCAACGAGGUCGCAGGCUUGUUGGAUGCAAAGAAAAUUACGAACUUCUUGAUGGACAAUUGCAAGGCGCAGAUUACCGCCAUUGACGGUUCCUCCGGGUCUUAUCCCACAUAUUUUGAGUCCGGUCCCCGAGUUAUUGACAUCGAGUUCCCCAUGCUUUCUCUGGGUUCAGACCGCGCUCGCCAGCUUUCCGACAAUGAUGGUCUUCUUGCCGAUAUCAUUGACCGCAUCCCCUCCGAAUCCAAGUAUACCCUCCUUUAUGUGACCUCCCCUCGGGAGUUCCCCGACAGCGACUCCGUCGUAUACCAGCCCUCCGAUGAAUUCAACCAGGACGGCCUUCACAUGGAACUCAAGCGUGAUUACUCUUCCUACUCAUCCCCCUCUAGCUCGUCGGAAUCGGAUCGUCAACAAUCCUUGUUCGAUGAAUACCAGUACUUCACCCCUGGUAUCUUCAUGGGUAUCUUGGCCUCCUUUUUCUUCUUCACUAUUUUGUACAUUGGUAUCAAUGCUUUGAGCAGCCUUAAGGUUCCCUACGCUGCUUUUGAGAAGGAUACAUCAGCUGCCGUGCAGAAGAAGUCGCAGUAA